UGCUAGGGAGGGGGAGCCAGCCAUGCCGUCUGAGGCCCUGCCCUGCUUCCAGCUGCUGCGGAUGGGCCCGGCCUGCCCGGGGGAUGACCCGAACCGGGACCUGCACACCUUCCGGCCAGCCGGGCCGCACUGCACCUACCGGCUGGGGCGCCGGGCCGAGGUCUGCGACGUCCCCCUGGUGUCGGAGCGCAAUCCGGGGCUGGUGUCCCGCGUCCACGCCGAGAUCCACGCCGAGAGGGACCCGCACAGCACUGCCGGGGAGUGGCGGGUCUGCCUGGUGGACUGCAGCACCCACGGCACCUACGUCAACGCGGUGCGGGUGCCCCGGGGCCGGCGCCUGGAGCUGAGCGACGGAGACCUGGUCACCUUCGGCCACCCGGACCCCGUGCCCGAGGGCUGCGCCCUGGCGCCCCCGCCUGGCGACUCGGAGUUCUGCUUCCUCUUCCAGAAGGUGCGGGUGCAGCCGCAGGAUUUCGCCGCCAUCACGGCCCCCAAGGCCCCCUGGCCACUCCCCUGCGGCUUCAAACCCGUGCUGCCCGGCGGCAACCAUCGCAUCCGGCCGCUAGCUCGGCCCGCGGGGCCCUCCCGUCCCUCCCGCCCCAAGGCCACCCUGAUCCUCAGCUCCAUCGGCAGCAUCAGCAAGCUGAAGCCGCAGCCACUGACGUUCACCCUGAGCCGGGGCCCGAGGUCGGAGCCGCCCGCCCGGCCCGGGGCCUCCAGGAGCCGACGGAAGUCGGCCCACACGCUGCUCCCCGAGCUGGAGGACGAGGUGACCCGGCUUGACGAGGAGCAGUGGGCUUGUGAGCCGGAUGGAUACAGCUGCCAAAGCCCGCUGCAGAGGGCGCCGGAGGGGGCGGGGAGCGGCGGGGCGCAGCCGGACGCGCGACUGAAGGUCCAGGUCACGCCAAGCGGGAAGCGGCGGGGGCGGCCGCGGAAGCACCCGCUGCGUGACACCUGCCAGGUGUUCUCACAGACGCUGCUGGCGGCGGAGCCCUGUGCGGCCCCGCGCUGCCACCUGCCCCAGGACGAGACGGUGCAGUGGGUGCAGUGCGACGGCUGCGACGCCUGGUUCCACGUGGCCUGUGUGGGCUGCAGCUACAGCGCCGUCCAGGAGGCCGACUUCCGCUGCGGGGGCUGCCGCACGUAGCCGCGGGGCAGGGGGGGAAUGGAGCACGGGGCGGCCAG